GGACCGUUAAUGACUUUGCUGAAAAAAUUCGAACAUCGAGUUGAGAGGGUCUGUAUUGUCGAUAAGCCAGUCGAUUAUCCUUUUUUACCGGACAGCUUUUUCUCAUACAUGGCUAAGAAAAUGCCUAAAUUGCAGUUUAUUUACCUUCGACAAAUAGACUUGGAGAAAAUUAAUAGAGGUACAGUCGUUGAGCUUGCCCAGCACGGAGCACUGAAGAAAGUUAUUGUACACGGGUGUCGAAACUACGAAGUACUUCAAGAUUUCCAAAAUCUUCCUCAACUGCUAGUCGUGAAAGGAGAAAUUGUUGGAUUAAAGGCGAUGCUCGGAGACUUAGAUUUUGACGAAUGUGAGGCAGCUACUUUUUCAAAAACUUUGUCAACAGUUGAGGAGAUGUCUGAAGGCAGCAGCACUCCGACGACCAGUUCCAGUAAUGAUGUAUCUUCGUCAACCAAAUUGGACAGCAGUUGUCCAGCACUUCAGAAUGGUGUUGUAAUUGAGUAA